AUGUUGAGCACUAAAGGGUUAUGCCGAUAUGCAAGUAUUUCAAAUAUUUUUAAAAAGUCACGAAUCUUGUAUAGCACUAAUACAAAUUCUAAUGAAAAUGAUGGAACUACAUCUGCCUCUAAAAGUGGAGGUUUUGCUAAGGCAUACGAAAAACAAUCCCAUAUUUUAAAUCAAGACUACAAUCAAAAUCAAACCUUUUCUUCUUUACUUCGGAAAUCAAAGCUCAUGGAUUUGGGCGAUCCUGUUGGAAAAAUUGUAAUUGGCAAAAUCUUCCAUGUAGUAAAAGAUGAUUUGUAUAUAGAUUUUGGGUGGAAAUUCCAUUGUGUAUGCACACGGCCAACAUCUCGAGCAGACGAGUAUGUCAGGGGAGCUAAAGUUAGACUGCAGAUUAGUGAUCUUGAACUUUCUUCCAGGUUUUUAGGCUCUAGCACUGAUCUUACUUUGUUGGAAGCCGAUUGUAAGCUACUAGGUUUGGUUUCUUCACCAGUUCGAACUAGUAUAACUCAAAACCAGUAA